AUGCUUCGAUUUUUGCGGAGGUUGUUCGGCCGUCGACCCCACGGGUACGUAGAGUACACCAUCGUCGUCUGUCAAUACAGACGCGCGGGCCUGGGCGCACGGAGAGAGGAGCAGCUCCGAUGGUCAAUCAUGGUCAUGACCAACGAGCUCACGUUGCGGGGCCGCUUGUUCCAGGUCACCAGCUCGAACGAACGCUGGGCGGCCACCAUGCGCACAGGUUCGUCCGGGCCGACCUGGAGGCUCUCGGUCGUCGACAAGACGUCGUUGAGGUCGCGGAAGUCCCUGGGGGGCGUCCGCAUCGGUUCCAUCCCGCCGAGGCAGAUGGAGGCCCUGGACGAGGUGAUUCGCAGCAACACCCCGGUGGCGAAGCACGCGAACUGGAAUAGCCGUGACUGGGUGACGGAGUGCGUCGCGCUCAUGGCCACCAAUGGGUUCCCAGUGGACGUGAACCCCUGCGGGUUACAGGCACAGCUGCUGCCUGUGAUGAGACAGGCCGGUGUGCUGACGGCGCAGGGCGGUCGUCCAGCCAUAGUUGAUUUCUAUGAGUUCGAAGCCUCGGCCUGGAAUGUGUCGUUCUAG